AUGUGCGCCCGAAGGAGGAUUUCAGUUCAGUUUUGCAUCUUUUGCCGUGAAGAAAGCCCGCGUUUCGCCUCUCCGCAGAAAUGCCAGGACAUUCUUGACUGUGUACUUUCCUCCCAUUUCGCUUCCCUCUGUGUCUACUUGAACGUGUUCAUCAAUCAGAAGGAGAUGAAGAAGUUAAUGGGACUCGAUGCUGAGUUAUUUUACGUUCACGAAGGAGUGGUUAAUACAUAUGCAAUGCUUUUCGUGGUUCCCGUUCCAGCGAAUGUAAAUGACUUGGAGUUUUCUUGGCAAAGCCUUGUCGAACAUCCGCUCUCCUACUCCAUCAACAUCGACUACGCCACGGAGUUGGGUGCUCUGCUGCCGCCAGAGCUCAGCAUUCCCGCCAGGGGUGUCGUUCCCAGAGUCCAGGACACUUUCACAGUUCAUUUGCCGUGCUCCGGAAAGGAGUCCGAGGAGAUUCCAGUGGCCAUUAAUCUUCAUAUCCGGGCGCCUUCUCGCCGAAACGACACCCGCCUCAAUUUCAAGCGCAAUAAGAUCUGCCUCAAAGGACUCAACUCCAUGUCGCCGUCGCCGGCCAAGGCCCCGUCGCAGACCUCGGCGCUGCUGGGCGCCGUGGCGUGCGCCCUCGGCCUCGUGCUGGUGAUUGGCCUCAUCGCCAGCGCCAUGUACAUCCGGGCGAGGAAGCAGAUCCGACAGGACUCGCUCCACACCAGCUUCACCACGGCGGCAUACGGCAGCAAUCAGAAUGUAUUCAUCCGCCUGGAUGCUGUGGGACGCCCGGCGAGCAUCAACAGCGACUCGUACGCAACCAUCACCAGCCUCAAUAAAUUCCCGCUGGCGGAGUCGAAGAAGAACUGGCUCGGCAAGCCGUCCUCGCCAUCGCCAUAUGCCACAGCUCUACUGGCUCUGCCGCAGGCACAAGAGGUGGCAGAGACGAUCUACUCCAAGCCCGAAUCUCUCUGCCCGUCUCGCGUCUCCUACUACGCUUCUUCUCAAUUGACUCAGAUUUGCAGCCUGUCGACGCCGCGCAGCUUUCACAGCAACGUGUUCGACCCGAAGGACAAGCUGAGGCGCGUCGCCGUGCCGCAGGGAACCAUCCACUGCCGGGACGUCGUCCAGGAGGGAACAUAUGGGCGUAUCUACAGCGGAAUCCUCCAGAACGCGCUGACUGGAGAGGCGCACGAAGUGCUCGUAAAGACUGUCGUAGAUGGUGCUUCUCUGACACAAGUUGCCUUUUUACUGACUGAAGGUUCCAUCCUCAUGGGAGUUUCGCAUCCCAAUCUGCACAGUCCCGUGGCGGCGUGCAUGGAACUGCCAGGCCCACCCCAAAUCGCCUACCCGUGGCCGCUCAAUGGGAACCUCAAACUUUAUCUGCAGAAGAGCCGGGAGAAUUCCAAUCCUCCGAGCACACAUCAAUUAGUUGAGUUUGGCUUGCAAGUCACCAGAGGAUUGGCCCAUCUGCACUCCAUCGGCAUUCUGCAUCGCGAUGUGGCCACGCGCAAUUGCGUCAUCGACGCUGAGAUGAAUGUGCGAAUUUGCGACAGUGGCUUGUCCAGGGAUCUCUUCCCAGACGACUACCACUGCCUGGGCGAUAAUGAGAACAGGCCCGUGCGAUGGCUGGCCCUGGAGACGCUCCAGAAGAAACUCUUCGUGAUAUCGAGUGACGUCUGGAGUCUGGGAGUGCUGUUUUGGGAGCUCACGACGCUGGCAGCGAUGCCAUACGAGGAAGUCGAUCCUUUCGAGUUGGAGGCCUAUCUCAGGGACGGGUAUCGAUUGGCCCAACCCGUCAACUGCCCUGAUGAAUUCUACACUGUGAUGUCGUGUUGCUGGCUUCAGGAUCACGCGCAGCGACCUUCUUUCCCACAACUCAUUGCAUAUUUGCAUGACUUUCACGCGGAUUUGGAAAAGUACAUCUAAGAGUAUAUUCGUAGACACGCACACACAACUUUAUCAAUAGAACCAUUAAUAUUUCAUGUAUCUGAAUAUGAUAUUACUAUGUAAUACGAUGUUGUAACUUCCAAAAUAACCCAUCAUUCACCACAUCGUAACCCACUAUCAACUAGUCAAAGCCAUAUCUUAACACAGUACACUAAAAGUCUAUAGCUAAAUAUCUUCCAACAAAAGGAACAACCAUAUACCAAAGAGAAGCAUUUUGGAAGACAAUAAGUAUCGUUAAUUUAAUGGACGUUCAGAAAUAUGUAAGUUUGAAAGAGAUGUUAAUAUGGAAAAAUGGGAAUAAAACACUUUGUCUUCAGAUCAUCGCGCGAAGAGAUGGUCAGCUGGGUCGCUCUUCAAGCGUGAUUUUCAUCAUUCUAAUUGUUCUAAUAACUUUUUCGGAGGAAAUGUUCGUAAUUUCAUGUCUUUUUCUGUAAAUCUCACUGUAUUGCUGUCUCAAGUGGCCAUUUCAGCGACAAAAUAUCUGUAAAAACCACACAUUUUCUAUCUAAGUGUAUCGAAAAGAACCACAAGAAAAUUUUUCUGUCUAAAAACAUACCAAAGAAAAGCAGACGUUGUGUUCAUCGGAAUGUUAACUGGUGUUGAAAUCGAAUUAUUAUUAUUAAAUGUGAACCCAUAUAUAAAGUCUACAAUGAAAUGGAUUGUAUCUCAU